AUGCGUUUCUUUAUUGUGCUACUGCUUGCCACGGUUCUCCUCUUAACUCAUGCUAAACAAGAUGAGUUGGAAGAAGAAGUUGAAGAACUAACGUGCUCCGAGUGUGAGGAAGAUCUGGCAGGAGUGGGAGGAGAGCUGAAGAGUCUGACGAAAGAAAAGCUGAAAGGUUAUCUACUCGGGAAGUGUGCUGAAGAUGCCAGUGAGGAGGCUUGUCAGAAGAUGUACACAACACAUAAAGAGGACUAUGAGGCUGUCUUCAAUGAAGUCGUGCAAGGAGCAAAGGAUGGAAAGAGUGCCAAACAAAUCUGUAGAGAUGUCCACGAUUGCUCUGAU